UUUUGCCCGAAGGCAGCAAUAUUACCCACAAAUUAAUUCUGUCCCUCAUGAAAUGUCUUCUCUUAUUGGAGAUGUUCAAUCAAUAGCCAAAGUUUUCUUUUUCUCUCAAAAAUAUUUUUAUUUUUCCUUUUAUAAAGACUCAAAUGUUUCCACCAAAUAUCCAGCCUUCCACAGAGGUAAUUAGAACUCCCCAAACAUUCGGGACAAUCCUUCAAUCACCCCCUGCCCCCCACCAACAAUUAUUAUUUCCCCAACAAUCUACUUCAAACAACAAUUACAUGCCCGAUUUGGCUUCUUCUCUAGCUGCACAUCAACAAUAUUUGUUGUUAGCACAACAGCAACAAUAUUUGGAGCAACAAAAACAACAGAUUCACUGUCAACAGCAACGUCAACAAAUUGCUUCUUCCUCAAUUGCCUCAACAUCUACUUCAAUCCCUUAUGUCCAUCAAAACUAUCCCCAACAACAACCCCAAACCUCCCAACAACCCAUUUUUCCUCUAAAAGUUUCAAAUCAAAAUUUAGCCAGUUCUUCUUUUGAACAUAAAGAAAAGCCUCAAUUAAUUCAAAAAAUGAAAUCACCCGAAAAUCCUAAAAUAUUGGCAGAAAAAGAAUUGGAAUUACAAGCUAAACGAAAAGCACAAGAAAAUGCUAAACAAAGAUAGAAGACAGUUAAGUGCUAGAGAACGAACUCAAGGUAUACAAGAGAAAUUGCAAAGUAUUCCAGAUCCAAUACAUUUGGCCGGU